UGACUCUUCACUUCAUCUGCUGUAACGCUGUGCUUGCCAUUAUUUCAACAAUCAGCUACUUAAUGUAAGUGAGUUCAACAUGUCUGAGCUUUAUUCUAAUCCAGCGGCUGUGCCACCUGGUUUGGAGUACCUUGCACAAAUUGACCAGAUAUUAGUCCAUCAAAAGAUUGAGCUCCUUGAAGCAAUUAUUGGCUUUGAGACUAAUAACCAGUAUGAGAUUAAGAACAGCGUGGGUCAAAAGAUCUUCCAUGCUAAAGAAAACACUGACUGCUGCACACGGAAUAUCUGUGGCCCUCUGAGGAGUUUUGAUCUGCAGAUAAAAGACAAUUUUGAUCAAGAGGUCAUUCACUUAAUCAGGCCUUACCGCUGCACAUCCUGCUGUUUCCCCUGCUGUCUUCAAGAGAUGGAGGUACAGGCUCCACCGGGGAAUACAAUAGGUUACAUCAAGCAAGACUGGCACAUGUUUAAGCCCAAGUUCUCCAUCUAUGACAUGUCUAAAACAAAGGUGCUGUCCAUCGAAGGGCCUUUGUGUGCCAUCAGCUGCUGUGGGGAUGUGGAUUUUGACGUUACCGGUAAGGAUGGGCAUUCUGUAGGUCGUAUCAGUAAACAGUGGACUGGCUUGAUCAAAGAAUCACUGACUGAUACAGAUAAUUUUGGCAUUAACUUUCCCAUGGACUUGGAUGUGAGGAUGAAAGCAGUUCUGCUGGGAGCAUGUUUCCUUAUAGACUUCAUGUUCUUUGAGCAGACCGGUGACUCUGGACAGCGAUGCAGUGUGUUUGGCUAGUAGGGAGUGGGAGAUAGUUUGAGGUUCUUGAUUUCUCUGGUAUAUUCAUAUGUAGUAUCACUACCGUUACCACUUGUAUGUACUAACAUCAGUAAAAUCACUAUAAAAGCAUUUUUACAAAAUAGAUGUA